UCAUACGCACGCCCAGCCACUGAAUAAUGAUAAUAAUGAUCAAGAUGGCUACUACAGAAUCCUCCUUGCGGUAGCUAACCCCCAAUUUCAUGGAAACAGCCAAAACUGCGAUUUCCCACAGUUUAAGUCCUUCGUAGGUGACGGGGCCUGUGCCGGGGAUAAUACUAUAUGGAUUAAUACGGGCUGAGAGGAGAUAAAAGUAAUUGUGUUGCCUGCAGCACUCAUUCUGAGGAAGCUAGCUAGCAGAGCAACUAGCUAGUUGUACUUGUCGACCAUCUCCAGGGUUAGCUCUCCAAUCAACGGCGGCUCAGAGGAGCGUGGCGCUCCCUGUUUUCCGUGCCCGGUCGUCGGACGGAGAGCGUCAAAUGGCCGAGCCGAGGAAAGUGCCGUUCGUCACCAUUUCAUCCUUCAACACCUCACCGCCGACCCCGGAGUCAAGCAAGAAGCGCCGUCGCGAAGAUGAGGCCGUCGACAUCACUUUUGGGAAAGAUGGAGGUGGAAGUACCGCGGGGAUUGGGUCAGAAGGUUGCGGAGGUCUGUUCGGUAACGCGAAAGGAGGAGGCGACGGGGACACCGGUGAGACGAAACCCACUGUUCGACUCAGCCUCUCACUGACCGAGCCAAAUGAACGGGGGUCCGCGGAGUUCAACUACAGCGAGCUGGCAAACUCUACUCAUACUCAGGAAAAGCUUGCAGGCUCAACAGUUCCCAAAGGACUCACCCCUUCCCUGGAUCCCAGUGACCCCUUUGCUGAUGAUGAGAAGGAAAGACGUGAGGUAGAAGAGCUGGCCAGGAAGUUUGAGAGCAAAUAUGGUGGUGGGACAAAGAAGAAGAAAAAGGACAGGAUGCAGGAUCUUAUUGAUAUCGGCUAUGGCUACGAUGAAACUGACCCCUUCAUUGACAAUUCAGAGGCUUAUGAUGAGCUGGUACCGGCCUCUCUCACCACUAAACACGGAGGCUUCUACAUCAACACAGGAACUCUGCAGUUCAGACCUGCAUCCGACUCUGAGGGAGAGGGUGCCAGCACAGCAGAUAAUCAUUUUAAGCAGAAAAUGAAAGAUGGUGAAGAACGGGUAAUUAAGAAACGACGGAAAAAGCAAGAUGGUGGAAUUCUGGAAGAUAAGAAACCCAAGAAGAAUAAAGUACCAAAGCCAGGAGUGUCAGCACUGAAUGUCCAUCGGCCAGAAAAGAAAAAGCGAAAGAAGCUCAUGAAGGAUUCUCUCCACCUGGCCAACAUGCUCCGUCGCUUCACCAGGGAGAAGGAGGAGAUGCGCAAGAAGAACCUGGCUGCUGCCGGUCUCCCCAGACCCAACGCCAAAGUGCCCAGUGCCAACAGCGCACUACUCAACACCCACGCCAAGGCUGCUGGCAACAAUGACUGUGGCAUAGGUGACCUGACCGCCGACUCGGCCGUGAUGUCACUGCUGGGGUCGGCCAACAACGACAUGCUGCAGGACAUGAUGGGUGACUUGGACUUCGGGAUGCUGGACUCUCCUCAUCCGUCCAGUCCAGGGCAGGGAGAGAACGGCUCAUUUGGGAUGGGACAUAAGGCAGGUGGCCGAGUGUCACAGGGUAACAUGAUGACCCCUCCUCCCCUGCCCAGUGGACUCCCAGGCCCACUUGCAAAACGCAUUGAAGACCUCAGAGCAGCGUCCCGUCUGUUUGAUGAAGAAGGAAGGAAGAAAUUCUUCACGUUGGACAUGAACAACAUCCUACUAGAUAUUGAGCUGCAGGUCCAGGAGCAGCCGUCAGAGGUGCGGUCGGCCGUGUACACUCACCUGGAAGCCUUUGUGCCCUGCAAUAAAGAAGCUCUGCUCAAACGCCUUAAGAAGCUUAGCCUCAACAUACAGGACGACCGCCUUCGAACACCCCUGCUGAAGCUGAAGCUGGCAGUGUGCAGCGUGAUGCCGGAGCAGAUUGCCCGAUACAACAUGGACUGCAUCGCCAAAGUGGCGAAACAGCAGUCUGAAGAGGGAGAGAAAAACGGAUCUGAAGAAGAUGAUGAGGAGAAACCAGGAAAAAGGGUGAUGGGCCCUCGGAAGAAGUUUGUCUGGGAUGACAAACUCAGGACACUGCUGUGUAAUCUGGUGCGGGUGAAGCUGAGCUGCUAUGAACUGGAGGGCAAGAACUCGCUGUCUCUAGAAGACUACCUCAAAGCCUUCAUGGAGACAGAGGUCAAACCACUGUGGCCUAAGGGCUGGAUGCAGGCCAGGAUGUUGUUCAAAGAGAGUGUCAUGGCACAUGGUCACCUCACAGGCUACACAGCGAAGAAAAAGAUGGUUCCUACACCCAAGGCCAAACCAAAGGAUGCUGGGAUGUGGGUUCAACGGUCGACGCCUUCAGCGGCUGCCACGCCCUCCCCUGCAGGCCAGGUUGCCAAGCGACCACCUCAGUCACCGGCUGAGCCCAUAUGUCUUGAUUCCCUCGAUGAGGAUCUGACGACUCCCUCCCUAGACUCCAUCUCCCACGCACUUACUGUCCUUGGCAAUGCAGCCAAAGGCCUGGCCCAAGGAUACAGCCCCCCCUCUCCGGAGGUACCGAAGACCACCAACAACAACAACCCCGCCUCUACCCUCCACACCUCAACGCUAAUCCAGCAGCAGAAAAAGAACUUGGCCAACACUCCCAGCUCCAGUGCACCUCACUACAUCUCUACCUCUUCGUCUUCUUCCACCCCUCUGUCUCGGCCCCCCUCCAUCUCAUCCUCUCCUUUGACCUCAGUGAGGGUUGAUGGGUUGGGGGUCGUUAAGGGCGCGGCACAGACGCCGCAGAGACACUCAUUGUUGAACACUCAGAGACCUGUGAGCAUAGGCGUGGCUAAAGCAAACUUGGCUGCUUCAGCAGCGCCACCUAAACCACGCCCACCACCCACUGCAUCUCCGCUCCUGGCUCCAGGAUCGAAGACAGGGGUCUCCACUCCCCCUUCUGGUCUCCUCAAAGGCAGCAAUAAUAACAAAGCUGGCGUCGACACCCUUAUCCUCACAUCACCACAGUCUCGGCCGCACACCCUCUCCUCACCCUCACACAUGACCCCCAAAACUUUCCAAGCACCUCGACUGCCGCAGACCCCCCAGAGCAAGGCGUCCUCCUCCCCUUCACUCCCUCAGACUCACCCCAGUGUCCAGGCUCAGCCCCAGUCCAACUUCAUCACCCCUAUGCAUGCAACUCUCACCAAACCCACCCACAGCAGCAUCCCACCCAUUGUCAAGCUCACCCCCCGCACCCCAAACCCUGUCGUCACCGCCUCCCCCUCCACCACUCCCUCCAUCUCUCAAACCCCAAGGUCUCAGGCAACCCCAUCUCUACACCAGUACUCCCCUAAAAGCCCAGCAGGUUUCCGCCCGCAGUUCUCAGGUGGCCAAGGAGGAGCAGUCGCCAAGCCGGGGCAAGGCAGCUACACCCCUGCAGUCGGCCAGAAGACCCCGAUCAACAACAGCACCACCAACACCAGCCUUAUCAACACCUCAUCCAUAAGCAAGCAUUCAGGAUCCAGUGCCUCCCCCACGCUGGCCUCAGCCAACCCGGGCCAGCGUCAGAGGCCAGGGACCGGGACACCUCAGGUGGCCAAGCCAGUUGCCUCUGUCCCUUCGUCAUCUGUCUCCUCUCAGUUAACGCAGGUCUCUACAGCAGGCAGCAGCAGUCUGCUGAGCUCGGCCCCAUCCCUCCCCCUGGGCUUCGGGAUGCUGGGGGGCCUGGUACCCGUCUCCCUGCCCUUCCAGUUCCCCCCACUGCUCAACCUGCCUCCACUCGGUACAGCUGGCUCCAGCACAGCAGCCAGCAGCUCCGCAGCCAGUAGCAAUGCACCGUUCUCUACACUGACACAGAAUCUGUAUAAGAGUCUCCAGUCAGGGUCUCAGGUUGCUCUGCCUCCUCACUUGCAGCUCGCUUUCUCAGAUGUCACUCAAGGCCAGGGAGGAGAUGCGAAGAGGAAGACCCUAUGAUACCUGCACCAGGAAGGAGCACAGCUUCGGCCCACAGAUGGACAGACCACUCAUGAGAGGGCCCCUAAAUGAGGACUGGCUGGGUCACACUCACUUGAUCUGAGAAGAUUAGCUCAACUUUUCAUGGACACCACAGUUGAAUAACUUUUUUAGACAGUUUGAUAAUUUUUAAAUGCUAUUCUUCAUAGAUUUGCUAAAUGAAAUGACAGAUACAACUUGUCAAUGUUUACAACAUAGACCUAUAUCACUGUGGACAGGAAGGAGGAAUGAGUGAGGUUUUUAUGAGUGUGUGUGCAUGCAUGGAUGAGUGUUUGAGUGUUUUCUUGGGUAAGAUUGAAUGCGUGCCUUUGUAUGUCUCCCUCUGAUGCAUGGUCAGUGUGUAUUGGUGCUGUUUUUAUCAUAAUGUAAUUAUCACUGAUACGUGUAAGAAAUGUAAACUUAAAAUUGUUGAAUUUGAGCUUUUUUUUAAUGAGAGCUGUACACUUUUUCAUUUUAUUUGAAUUCUUGAAUGAAUUCAUGACUGUAUAGAACUCAAACCUACUUUUAAUUAAAAACUUUCCCUUACAAAUGUAA